AGACUCGAUAUAUCGACGAGGUGAGUGUGAUGGGUAGAAUCAUAGAAUGUAGACACCGGAUUUUCGACCGGAAAUCCCAGGAAAUUUGACCUUGUUUUGAGCCUUGCAAAGGGAAGCAAUGGCUCUGACGGCUGCAGAGAGACAAAGAAGGCACCGCCUUAAGAUGAAAGCAGAAGGCCGGCAACCGAAACAGAGAAAGCAACCAGCAGUGAUCAGCCCGGAGGCAGCGACUGAGAGAAGACAGAAAGCAACCGAGCGAAAGAGAAGAUGGCGACAGGCCGCCAAGAAUCAUUCCAUCUCGACUCUGCCAAUAAAUGCUGUUGCCAUGGAAGAGGAAUUCCUCGUUUCCGAGCACGAGCCAGGGAUGCUGUUGGAUACCAAUGGAGAGAUUGUGGAGCAUCUGAAGGAGGCAGGAAGUGUCCUGGUGAAGGAGGAGCCAGAGUUGCAAUUGGAGUUCAGCGGAUCAGUUGUCGAGGAGGCAAUGGAUGACAGCGGACUAGACUUGCGAUUGCCAAGAGCUGACGAAAUUUCAGAUGUUGAUGGAGAAGUAAAAGGCACUGAUGCGAUAACCAGGGAGCCAUCUGGAAAUGGCAACUUGUCGUUGGAUGCACUGAUAGCACAGCAGCAGUUGGAAAAACGACGCAGGAGCGCAGCGGAGCGCCAACGCAGGCAUAGGAGCCGGCUCCGGGCAGAAGGCAAAUACGAACAGCACAAGCAGAAACACAAGGCCAUCUGUGUGAGGCACCGGACGAAGCGGAAGGAACAGGAGAUAGCUCUGCCUGAAGGGGUACGGGAAGACGUGGUGGCCAAACGGCGGGAGGGUAACAGGGUGCGAGUGGCGCGACACAGGGAGAGAAAGAAAAACGAGAAGCUGGCUUUGGAAGGGACACAAGAACCAGUGUUUUUAGACUGUCCUGAAUCUGGGGAGGCAGUAUUUAGAUAUAUGUUCCCACGCCACAAUGUUCUGAGGGUGACAACUCCAGCACCUGAGAUGGAAAAUUCUGACAACAGCAUCUUGCCACACCCCUUGCCACACCCAUUGCCACACCCAGAACCACACCCACCUCAUGCAGCAACCUUUGCAGUCCAGACAGAUGAGGGUGACACUUCAAUCUCGGCUUCUGUAUCUGUCGGCUCCAACCUGUACGUGCCACGCCCAGAAGGCGUCCGAAAUCAGACCUGGCAGGGAAAGUGCAUGGGCAGAAAUGAGACGCAAUCCCACGUUGCUGCAUCUGAAUCUGAUUAUCGUUACAUCACCCCACCCAUCUGGCCAUGCAACAGCAGCAACCAGAAUGGCAGGGGUCGGUCACCAAUGAAAACUAUGUGGUCAGAUCAUGACAAUGAAAGGCCGGGGACCAGCCAACUUCACCAAGGUGGAAACAAAGGGGAAAUUGAUCAGAUUGCGACAGGGUUUGACCAAAAUCACACGGAUGUGGAUCACCCCAGUGUGGACGAUGCUGAUAUGCCACAAGAACUGCAAAAUGAAGUUGACGCGCUGCAGCAUCAGUCGCCGCUAGUGUACAAUUACAUGAAGAAACUGCAGUCAGACAAUAGUCAACUCGGGACAGAGAAUCGACGACUCCGAAAGCAGACCCUCUGCCUUGAUGGAAUCAGACAGAACAAAGCCCUCUUCAAGUUAUGGACCGAAAUUCUUAAAAACUAGGAAAUAUUUUAAGCUCAUAUAUAUAUUUUUUUUUGGGGGGGGGGAUGGGGUGCAUACAGGCCCGUCGUCAAGAGGGGACCCAGGGGGGGCUGGGCCCUCCCUGACGAGGCCCCCCCCCCCUCUAAUACCAAGAGCUGGCGACAGGCCUGGGUGCAUACCUAUGUUCCCCAAUACCUAUAUUCCCCAACCCUAACCCUAAGGAUUUUGGGGAACAUAGGUGUUGGGGAACAUUGGAUAGACCCUAGGGGGAUGGCGUAUAAUACAACUCCAGUUAUUUCACAAGAAAGCCCCAUCUUUCAUGUUUAUUUGUCUUUAUUUCAAAGCAGUGCUGUUUGAAGUACAAAAUAUUCUUGUACAUUGUUCAGCUUCAGUACUAUUUAGUUGACAAUACAACAUUGAUAAAUUCAGACUGAAAAUGGUGGACAAGGUUGUAUAGUUAAGUACUGGAUUUCUUUUUUAUCUCAAGAUGACAAAAAGUAGUUGCAAAAUAAAUACGUCAAACAAUUUUGUAACCCUCU